AGCAGUGAACGGCCAGGCCACGGAAUCCCGGAGCAGAUGGACUGUGACGGAACCUAAAAACACAGACCAGAACCCGCUCCACAACCUGGAUUAAAUACCGGGACUUAACUGGGGGGUUAAAACAGAUUCAAACUGGAUAAUAACCUUGUGUUUAGGAGCUUUUGAUCGGAGUGAAGGCGCUCAAGUAGCCGGGCCUUUCUUCCCAAAAUGGCCGACACCGAGGUCUCCUUAUCCCCGGCCCUCUGCCCGCUCCACAUUAGCCCCUCCCACUCUGCCCAGCCGGCGCCGCCAACCUCCUCCUCUCCUACCACUUUCUCCUGUCCUUCUUCGCCGUCCAGUGCCUCCUCCUCCUCCUCUUCCUCUUCAUCCUCAUCCUGCUCUGAAAGCUCCUCAGACUGCCCCAACCACCACCACCAUCACCACCAUCACCAUCCUCGCCCUCAGCUCCAGCUGCCGCCGCCGCCGCCUCUCAGUGAGCAGCCGUCGUCGCCCAGCGCCAGCCCGCGCAGCUCCAGCCCCAGCGGCAGCAUCGGCAGCACCGGCAGCCUGGGCAGCAGCAGCGAAGGCAUCGGCAGCAGCGGCGUGUCGAGCGGCGGCGACCAGCGGGGCCCCAGCCCGCUGCUGGACGUCAUCUCCGAGGACGCCAUGGAGAUGGACCUGGUCGUCGAUCAAGUGAUUGACCCUGAGGUGGCUCUCAAGGCUUGUCAGGAAGUUCUUCUUAAAGUGAAGCUGCUUGACAACAAACAGCAGCAGGACGACCAGAAGCAGAACCAGCAGCAAGCGGAGACGACCGACUGCUGCGGCCCGCCGUGGCACGUGAACCCCGACGCCAGCUCCAUCAAAGAGGAAGAGGAGGAGAACGACGACGAAGGACAGAGAGAGACUCCUGCCGUCCCGAAGCAGACGCCUCCUGUGGCGCCGUCCGAGUCGCCUUCGCCGUCUUCUUCCAAGCAGUCGUGGCUGCUGCGGCUGUUCGAGUCGAAGCUGUUCGACGUUUCCAUGGCGAUCGCUUACCUGUAUAAGUCGAAGGAGCCGGGCGUUCAGGCGUACAUCGGGAACCGGCUCUUCAGCUUCCCGGACGGCGAGGUGGACUUCUACCUGCCGCAGCUCCUCAACAUGUACGUCCACAUGGACACGGAGGUGGGCGACGCCAUCAAACCUUACCUGGUCCACCGCUGCAGGUCCAGCAUCACCUUCUCCCUGCUGUCCGCCUGGCUGCUGGGCGCCUACUCCUCCGACAUGCACAUCUCCACGCAGCGCCACUCCAGAGGCACCAAGCUCAGAAAGCUCAUCCUGUCUGACGACCUCAAGCCGCGGUCGGACGAGCCCCGGUCCGUUUCAGGGUCCGUCUCCGACAGCCCGCUGCCCUCGCCGCCCCACCGCCACCGCCGCCACAACAGCAGCAACGUGGACGCCUGCGGCUCCCCGGACGGCCCCGACCAUGGGGACGUGUUCGUCUCUCCGUCCAGGAGAACCCACCAGAGGUCCAAGUCAGACGCCACCAUGGCGAGCGGCUUCCCCGGCGCUGGGCUCAGGCGGGCGGGCAGCAACCCGAAGGUUGAGGCUGUCCAUGAAGAGCCGGAGCGUCUCCGUCCUCAGAGGGAGUUCGUCAAGUCUCUGUUCUGCAUCGGGAAGCGUUUGGCCACGCUGCCCACCAAAGAGCAGAAGACGCAGCGGCUGAUCUCGGAGCUGUCGCUGCUCAACCACAAGCUGCCGGCCCGGGUUUGGUUACCGACCGCCGAGCAACAGCACCACGUCUGCCGGGUCCCGCACACCCAGGCUGUCGUCCUCAACUCCAAGGACAAGGCUCCGUACAUCAUCUACGUGGAGGUACUGGAGUGCGACAGCUUCGAGACGUCUCCGGUUCCCACGCGGAUCCCGGAGACGCGGAUCCGCUCGGCGCGCUCAGCGGAGAACCUGGACUGCGGCACGCCCGGUAACGGCAGCAGCAUGACCUCGGAGCACAGAGCGGGAAGUUUCUCCACCGUGCCGAACUACGACAACGACGACGACGCCUGGGCGACCGACGACAUCGGACAGCUGCAGGUGGAGGGAGAGGCUCAGACCAGCAGCAGCGACAACAUCAGUCAGUUUUCCGUCGACAGCAUCACGAGCCUGGAGAGCAAAGAGCCCGUGUUCAUCGCUGCUGGGGACAUCAGACGCCGCCUGUCGGAGAACCUCGCUCAGACUCCGACCACGUUCAGGAGAGACCCGGAGGACCCGUCUGCCGUCGCCCUCAAGGAACCCUGGGAGGAGAAAGUCAGGCGGAUCAGAGAAGGCUCUCCUUACGGCCACUUGCCCAACUGGAGGCUGCUGUCGGUCAUCGUGAAAUGUGGCGACGACCUGAGGCAGGAGCUGCUGGCCUACCAGUUCCUCAAGCAGCUGCAGUCCAUCUGGCAGCAGGAGCGAGUUCCUCUGUGGAUCAAACCCUAUAAGAUCUUGGUGAUGUCAUCAGACAGCGGGAUGAUCGAGCCCGUCCUCAACGCCGUCUCCCUGCACCAGGUGAGAAAGCAGAGUCAGCUGUCGCUGCUGGACUACUUCCUGCAGGAACACGGCAGCUUCACCACCGAGGCGUUCCUCACGGCCCAGAGGAACUUCGUCCAGAGCUGCGCCGGAUACAGCCUCAUCUGUUACCUGCUGCAGGUCAAGGACAGACACAAUGGGAACAUCCUGCUGGACUCUGAAGGCCACAUCAUCCACAUCGACUUCGGCUUCAUCCUCUCCAGCUCUCCCCGGAACCUCGGCUUCGAGACGUCCGCCUUCAAACUCACAUCAGAGUUCGUAGACGUGAUGGGCGGCCUCGAUGGAGACAUGUUUAUUUACUACAAGAUGCUGAUGCUGCAGGGUCUGAUUGCAGCCAGAAAGCACAUGGAGAAGGUGCUGCAGAUCGUCGAAAUCAUGCAGCAAGGCUCCCACCUGCCCUGCUUCCACGGCUCCAGCACCAUCCGGGGCCUGAAGGAGCGUUUCCACAUGUCCCUGACGGAGGAGCAGCUGCAGCUGCUGGUGGAGCAGCUGGUGGACGGAUCCAUGCGCUCCAUCACCACAAAACUCUACGACUCCUUCCAGUACGUCACCAACGGCAUCAUGUGACCUGUGACCCCGGCGGAAAACACACACAAAAACAACAACACCCGCUGCUGCCACUUCCUGUUUGGGAUUCAGGAGUUACUGUGGCAACGACUGGAUUUACUGGAUUUUGUGAUUCUUCUGGAAUCGGAUGGAUCUGAUCUGGUUUUUGUUCGGAUCUUGGAAAAAUGCAGAAUCUGGAUCGUUUUCAGAUCACAAACACUAAACGUGUCGGACGGCACCGGACAUGAGUUUACUGUGCUGCUGGACCUGAACCACUUCUACUGGACUGGACUCAGAACCAGAACCCCGGUCCUGGUGUCUGGGCCAGUCGACGGUUUUAAAGCUGUUGCUGUGAAACGAUCAUUUCAUCAUGAAGGAUUUUGUUGUUUAUUUUCAGGAACUUCCUCGAAACUGUAAUUCGGACUCCAAAGUUGUGAGACUUGCGACUGAAAGGCGGUUCUGUUUGGGCUCAAUCUGGACAAGGAACCGCCUGACCUUGAAACGAAUCAAGUGCUUUACAAAAUACCACAACUCUACGUAACAUCAGCAGAUUUCAUGACUGGAAAACAGAGGAACUGGGUUCAAAAUCAUUUUUUAGCCUUAAAUGUUCAGAAGUGUUGAAAAUAACCAAAAAGGAGAAAAAGUUUCUGCUGCGCUUAUUAAUAAUCUGCAAGAAAUUAUAUCAGCCAGUUGUUCCCUGUAGUAGUAAAGUAAAAAAUAUCCAGAUUUAUUUAUAUGGAAAGUUUUGACCACUUAUCAAGCCCUUUCAAGCUGAAAAACACAAAAAUCUUCCUGUAUUUUUCUCAUAUCUUGCACAAAUAUCUUACGUUUGUCUUAUUUCAUGUGAACCAACUUACAAGCAUCGUUUGAGCAAAAUAUAGGAGCUUGUUUCACUUAUUUUGAUGAAAAAAUACAACUUCCACUGAUUAUUUCAUUCAUGAAACGGAGACAAUGUAAAGCGAACUGGAACUGGGUUGCUUGGCUGAGGUUGCUGUGAAAUAUAAUCUGCCAGUGGAACCAGUACUUUUUAAAAUCAAAAUAAAUGAAUUAUUUACGUAAAACAAGCUCUUAUAACUUACUAAACAGUUACUUGUAUGUUGUUUUUUCUCAUUUCACCAAGAUUUUUGCACUAGAAACUAAACAAAAAAAUACUUUGGAAGAUUUUGUGUUUUUUGCAGUGCAUGAGAAAAUCAAACUGGGCAGCGAACACCAGCAAGCGACCGAGGAAAUGAAUCGGUCUUUGUUCUUACAGAACAGCAACACUAACGCGGUAAAAGCACAUCAGGAGCUGAAGGUUGUUGGUGUUAAUUUCUGGAUUUGUUCUCUGGACAGAAAAGAGACUUGAAUAUGUUUUUGUUGCCUUUUAGUUGGUGUGUGGGAGUCAUUUUGUCUCAGUGGGAUUCCCCACAGUGGUAUUUAUUUCACCAGACAGACAUCACAACUGCAAAAUCUGUUACUAACAGUAAUGAAUUAAAGCAUCGACUUCUUAGAAAAGAAUCGUAUUUAAACCUAAAACGCAAAGUGACUGUAGAUGCGAAACAUGGCCUCCCUGUCUGCAAAAGGUUUAAAGCUGCAUAUUGUUUCAUGACCAACAGAGGGCGACACUUCACAGGAAAGGAGUUUUUAACAAGCUGAAGAUUUUGCUACAAUGGCGUAUUAGAGCCAAUGUAGAUAGAAAAAAAUAUAUCUAUUAUUUUAGAUUAAUUGUGAAGAAAUUAAAAAAGAAUUCUGAGUUUCAAAGUCAAAUUUGCUUGAAAAAAACUUAAAUUCUGAGAUAAUUCUGAAAUUUUGAAGAAAGUAACAUUUCAGAAGUUUUUUUUUCUGCUAAAUUUUAGUUUUUUUCUAGCAAAUUUUUUGCCUUUUCAAACUUAGAAAUUACAUAGCUUUUUCUUAGAAAAUUUCAGAAAUUCUUUUGGGGUAAAUUUACCGAAUUAUUUUUUGUAAGUUUUUUUCUAUCUACAAAGGCGCUAAAACACCGUUGUUGUUUGCUACGAUCUUAUAAGCUAAAAUAAUACUAAGAGAUGGUUUAACCGAAAUGUUUCGUUCAUUUUGGGUGAAAAGUAACAAACCACAGUUUUUUUUUUUUUUUUUUUUUUUAAGGACUAAUAACUUUAAUAAACUUAAUUCACUGCUAACUUUGUAGAUGUUAGCAGUGAACAGCUACAAAGUUAGACGUUCAUUGCUAACAUUAACUUUGUAGUUAGAUGUUAGCUACAAAGUUAACAUCUAACUGCAAAAGUUCGUUGUUCGUUGUCGGUCCAAACCAAAUUUCAGAAGAAUAACUACGAAAUUUUUAAAAAUUCUUAUCAGAUUUAUUCUGUUUUGGGGAAAAUGCUAACAUUAGCUAAAAUUUAAAGCAUUGAUUGAAAGAAAAGAUGAAAUCAAAGCUCGCUCUUGACUCUUGUUUACCUUCAGUUGAUGCUAGCUGCCUGCUACGUCAACAGAUAGCCUAGCUUGUUACAGUUACAUUAGUGUUGUAAAUUUAAAGCUCCACAUUCUCUUCCCUGAUUGGUUAAAACGCUUUCCUCUAACCAGAGCUGAACAAUCAGGAGGAUUGGUAUUGAGGAGCUAAAAGGAUUUUUAAAGUGACGAGGGAUUUUCUGGACAUGUCUAAGUGUUUGUUUUGCUUUCUUUUAGUAACUGUCCAUGAAAAUGUUGUGAUAUUGUCUAUUUUCAGUGUUGACAAGCAGAAACUUCAGGCUCAUCUAAUGUUAGCCGGCUUAAUUCAGAGUCCAGAACACAAAGUAUUUAUACAACACAACAAAGUUUCCUCAUGUGGUUCAGUAUUUGUUUCGUUAAAAUGUGUAGCUUUACCAACAUGAAUGAAAAUUUGAGAAGUUACUCGACUUGCUAGCAGAUUUUGGGCCGAGUUUGAAUAUUUCUCUCAUUCACUGUAAAACAGACUUUAGGCCACUUUUAAAUUUUGUUAGCAUGUUGCAUCAAAUAUAAGAAAACAUUAAUUGUAGCAAAUUAUUAGCAUACAUUGCAAAGGUUCAUGGUCAGUUCAUAGUUCAUAUUGUUUAUAAUUAGCAUAUUUAAGAUUGUAUAAUGACAUUUUCCAAGUCAAUUUAUGUCUUUACCAUUUUAGCCCCUUACUACCUCUACAAGCAAUCAAAUUUAUGUCCGUUGUGUACAAAUUAAAUUCUUUGUUUAUGCGGAUGAGAAGUUAUAAAAACCUGAAAUAUAAUCCACUUUAAUCAUAUGUAAUUGUAGCUUUUAUAUUGUCAGCCAUUUUUUUCCACUAAGAAAAGCUAAAAACUCCAACAGUGCAAAAUGACUAAAAGUCGUUUUCAUGGUUAGACAUUUUUAUGAUCAGUUCAGAAAAAUGUCCCAAAUUUGAACAACUACAUUUUAUUCUGAAUGAGUGAACAAGGUGAGCUUAGCCCAAAAGGUGUUAGCAUGUUUACCAUGUUAGCUAGCUAGCUGUCUGAAAAUCAGCUUUCAUCGUGAAGUCAUGAAACGGCUCAACGUUGAUAUUUAACAGUUUUAUAAUCUGGAUGAAAGUAAUGAAACUGAAGACAUUGUUACAAAAAUGAUAAUUAGCAUCCAUUUGCUAACAGCAGUUAACAUUUGUACAUUUGGUUUAUUUAUUAAAUGAUAAAACAUUUUUCAUGUUUUCACUAAAACUUCUAUGUGGUAAAUUGAUCUUGUUGUUGAUAAACAACUAUUCUCUCUAUUUUCAUCAUAGUCAAGCUAGCCCUUUAUUUGGCUAAUGCUAAAUUGCUAGCAAGAAUAAAGUUAACUAAAAUUUAGGUUUGAGGUACCAAAUAUGAUUUAAAUUUCCACUUUAAUGAAUCAAACUCCUCAAAACUUUUUGAACUUUAAUAAAAUGAAAUUCUUGCUAGUUUAUCUCAGAAAUUAAUUUUGAAAUGUUAUUUUCGUUGUGAAAACGAAGACUGAUGCUUGCUCUACUACACGUUUAGGUCACUUUGUGUGUUUUUAUUUAUUUUUCCAGCCAUAUUUUCUGUGAAUCUCUUCCAGAAAUAAUCAAACGUUUCUUUCUCUGGACGAACAUCGUGGCAUAAAGCCGAUGGUGCUGAAAGGCGACUGAAAUUCCAGUUUUCCUGAAUGUUUUUUGUUUUUGUUGGUUCAACCACUAUUGAAGGAAAAGCACAGAUUUGUUGUGAAAGCAGCAUCAUGUUACUUUCUGCUAACCUUAAGCCUCUUACUUUAUACAUAGCUGUGACUAAAGUUUACCAGAUAAGCAACUGAAAUAGCAAACCGUCUUUGUGAUCUUUUUUGUGUGAAUAUGUUUUCAUGUAAAAAAGAAAAGUAAAAAAAUAAGAAAGAUGCCUUGAUAUGUACAGAGCAAACAAACUUAUCAAUGCAACCAGAGGGACGAAUGUUUUUAGCCCUCAUAAGUGCUUUUAUAUGGGAUAUCUGAGCGGAUCGGAGCCAGUUUUGCUACAAACUCGCUCCAAUGCGUUCAGAACCUUUCAUUGCCUUCGUUGUUCCUUUCAUCAGCUCUCCACACUUUCAAUGUGAAACUUUAAGUGCAUUUAUUCUAAAUAUGUUUUGUUUGAAAGGAUUCCUCGUUGUUUCUAACUUUCUGUCAUGUCACUAAAUAUAUUAAAGACAUCUUGGUCGAAUCUAAA